CUCAGUGCGGCAGGAAAACCGCAACAACCAAGGAAAACACAGAUUGAAUAGAGGACAAAAAUAAGAUAUCCAAAGGCAAAAUGUGAAUUAACUUGGAAGGGUGGAACCAGUUUAUAGUUGAUGCAAAGACUUUCCAGAAUGCGAAUGUUUUUCGCCCUCUAUUUGAACAAAUCUCUCUGAGAUUCAUAACUAGCUAGGUUGACAGCUAUUCAGCGAACCUCAUUUCAACUGGUAGCAGCAGAAUGGAUGAAAAACAUAAGGAGAGGCGCCACUUCCACGAUUGCCGUUGACUCAAAGGAGUUGGACAAUACCACACCGAUGGCUUGCAGUCAACCCUCCACGUUUCCUUCAACGAUUUAUUCAUUUAUAUAGUCAUUAGAGGCUGGCAUAUCAAGAACAAUUCGGUACAUAAAUUCCUUUGGUGGGAUGUCAUCGACAAUUGCUACAUAGUAACCAUUGGGUUUCUGACCGCUGGAAUUGACACUUCGGGUUUUUAUGAUGGGUGAAGUGAAAGAAACGAAAAAGACCUACAUUGUUCCCGCAAUAAAGUCUUUUGAUAAUUAUGAUUUUUCACGAGCAAAAAUAGGCUGUAGCCUCACAUGGCUAGUGGCCAAAGCAUUUGGAACAGACGGUGUCCCAGCUGACCUGAAGGAGCCCUUCUACACUGACCAGUAUGACCAGGAGCACCUGAAGCCCCCCGUGGCCAACCUGCUGCUGUCCGCUGACCUCUACUGCCGGGCGGGGAGCCUCAUCCUGAAGGGCGACGCGGCCAAGCCCCUGGUGGGCCACCAUGCCAUCAUCCAGGGCCUGGCCCAGAAGGGCCUCUACGUCACGGAUCAGGAGAGGCUGGUCACAGAGAGGGACCUCCGUAGCAGGCCCCUACAGAUGAGCGCCCACCUGGCCAUGAUCGACGCGCUGAUGACGGCGUACGCGGUGGAGACGGUGAGCGUGGAGAAGGUGGUGGCGUGCAUCCGCCAAUACAACUCGCCACACGGCGAAGACCCCGACACGCCGUACGACAUGGAGGAUGCCAUGACCAGCUGGAUCAACAAGGUCAAUGAGUAUCUAAAAGAUAUCAUCGCUCAGGAUUUGAGGAGAAGAGAGACGCAUGUUGCUGAGCCUGUUGGCAAGCCAGGGUCCCCGACCAAAUGGUACAUGAAACUAGUUCCUGCUCGCUACAGGAAGGAGCAGGCAGUCACCCAGCUUGUGCCCUGGAUACCCCCUGUGGACAAUGUGCUGAAGGACACUACUGAUGGCUGUGCCCUGGCCACUCUGCUGCACUUCUACUGCCCCCAGCUGGUCAGACUGCAAGAUAUCUGCCUGAAGGAGAGCAUGUCGCUAGCGGAUGGACUGUACAACCUGCAGCUGAUUCAGGAGUUCUGUCAGAAGCACCUGAACCACUGCUGCCACUUCACUCUGGAAGACAUGGUCUACGCCUCGUCCUCCAUCAAAAAUAACUACCUUGUGUUUCUUGCUGAGUUAUUCUGGUGGUUUGAAGUGGUGAAACCCACUUUUGUACAACCAAGAGUUCUGGACACUGAAGAGCCAGCCCUCACACUGUUAAGGAACAUGCCGUCUGUUCCCAAUGUGUCCAAUGCCACCAAAAGGAGCUUCACUGACAGAUCGCCGAGCCCAGAACAGCCCAGUCUGCCUCUCCAACCUCAUCCCAGGAACUCGGGUGAAAUUAAGAGAUCGACUUCAAUGUCCUUUGUGGAUGGCUGCGUAGGAACUUGGCCCAAGGAGAAAAGGUCUGGCCCAUAUGGAGUUUCCUUUGACAUCCCGUUCAACAAAGAGGACACCACCCAGACAUCCACUCCUCCUGGCCGUGGCAUGACUCGCUCGGCCAGCACCGAGGUCUUCAAGGUCCACCAAAUGCCUCGAGGCAUGAAGAAAAACCUGUCCUUCCAGCCCGUCAAUGGGCAGGGCGCGGGCAUUGAGGAGGAGGGCUGCCCGGACAGUCUGUCGGGCCCUGACCCACCCACACAAACGAGCAGACCUCAACCUCCCGGAGGCCCACUGAGAUUCCCCAACGGCGGUUCAAACCUGGCCGGGGGCGGAAAUGGUGCUGCCACUCCCAGCAUGGAGGAGGCCCUCCAGAUCAUCCAUGACACAGGGAAGCAGCUUGCACAGACCCCUUUGUCAGAGGGCAUCAACAAUGGCUUCUUCCUGCACAAUCAGAACCGUGGAGUCGGCCUAGCCGGCCCGGAACCCAAAGUACGACCCGAAAACAGGGACCUGGACUCGCUGAGUGCCACGGAAAGCACGGAGCUGGACACGGGCAUCCACGUGAGGACCGAGGACAUCGUGGAGACACUGGACGAGGACUCGUCGCUGAGGGAAGCCAUGAGCAUGGAGCUGGACGUGGACACCCUGAGCCCCUGCCCCAGCAGCUCUGGAUACAGCAGAUCUCCCUCCACCAAUGCCGACGUGAAGAUGACCAGCUUCGCCGAGCAGAGGUUCCGGAAGCUCAGCGUCCCUGAAUCCGGUCCAAGGAGCGGCGGCAGCAGCGGGGGCGGGAGCUCCCUUAAGACAACCCCCGAGGGCUCGGAACUGGGCCUGUCUGUGUCCUGGGCACCCACCCCGGAGCACAGCCCCAUCCACCAGCAGGCCCCUCCCCCCAGCGACCCGGCCCAGGUUAUGGCCACGGAGAUGGUGCAGCUGCGCAUGCGCCUGGAGGAGAAACGGAAGGCCAUCGAGGCGCAGAAGAAGAAGGUGGAGGCGGCGUUCACCCGGCACCGGCAGAGGAUGGGCCGGUCCGCCUUCCUGGACGUGGUGAAGAGAAAGGGUGACGGCGCCCCGGGGGGAGGAGCCGAGGGCGAUGGUGGGAAACCGGCCGGGGAGGAGCAGAAGACCGGAAGGAGCAAGGUGGACACGCCCGACGGGGCCGAGCAGGGGCCCUCCGGGGUCAGCUGGCAGAAGUCAGCCGGGGGAGGAGAAGGAGGCCAGGGUACGGCUCGAGGCCAAGGACCCGGCGAGGUGGACCUGGCUGAAUACACGCGCUCCAUCGAGAAGCUCAACCACUCGCUGGGCUUCCUGCAGACGGAGAUGCAGCGUCUGGCCCAGCAGCAGGAGGUCAUCAUGGCCAUGAGGGAACAGCAGGCGUGGGUCAUCCCACCGCCACAGGCCCAGCCCUCGCCUCAGAAACACACCCGUCCGGCCACCCGCUCCUCCGGCUCGCCCUCGCCGGCCGGCUCGCCCCACUCCGCCCACCGCUCGCCCACCAGCAUCAAGAGGAAGUCCGCCUCCUUCCACUCCCGAAGCCCCCGCACGCCACGCCCCAGCGAGCUCAAGCUGGCCCCGUAUAACCGGUGCCUGACGGCGCCCCAGUCCGUGGACAGCUUGCCCCGCCUCCGCCGGUUCUCCCCGAGCCAGCCAAUGGCCUUCGCCUACAUGGGCGACAAGCCCGACGGUCAGGCGCUCGAGAUCGGCGACAAGGAGACGGACGAGGACGCUGGACCCUCCUCCCCCUCCUACCCUGCCACCGACCACCGGGAGACACAACCAGGGACCCUCGAGGAUGAACAGGAGGAGAAUGAGGAGAUGGUGACUGAGGAGGAGGAACAGAAGGAGAAAGUGGAGGAGAUAAAACCCGUGAUCAUGUCCACCGUGUCUGAGGUUCUGGCCCAGCCGGUGAAGGAGACCUUUACAGUCACGCCCACCGAGACCCCUCUCAUGUCAGUCCUCUUGGACCGGACCAGGAGCAGCCUGAUUGAGGUGCCACUGUACACGCCCCCGGAAGGAGAGGGAAUGGGGGAGAGCGGAGACGCGCAGGAGAACUAUGGUGAUGAGGAAAAAACCUCCUGUGGCUUUUUUUUUAAGGACGAUGGUAAGGGGGAGGAGGACAUGGCCCAGAGGAGGGCUGCUCUCCUGGAGAAGAGGUUACGGAGGGAGAAGGAGACGCACCAAAAGAAGCUGCAACAGGAGGCCGAGCUGGAGCAUAAGAAAGAGGAGGCGCGUAUGAAAGCAGAGGAGGAACGUGUUAGGAAGGAGGAGGAGAAGGCCCGAAGGGAGUUCAUCAAACAGGAGUACCUGAGGAGGAAGCAGCUCAAACUCAUGGAGGACAUGGACACGGUGAUCAAGCCCCGGCCAGCCAGCGCCAAGCAGAGAAGAGCCCGGCCCAAGUCCAUCCACCGGGACAGCAUGGAUUCCCCCAGAACCCCGGCCCGGGCGGCAGGUUCACGACCUGGUGUUUUUUCAGUCUCCAGUUUGUCUCUGGCAUCGCUUAACCUGGGGGACAGUGACAGCAUGCACUCUGAGAGGAGAACACCAAGGAGUGCUAGUUUACACUCUGGCAGUCUUCACCUCUUUUUGAGCUCUCCUAAACUGAGGCGGAGAAGGCCUGAUUCUGCAGAUGGAUUUCUGUCCCCCUGUCGAUCUGGGAGCAGGAAUGGCGACGACGAUUGGGAGAACGGCUCCAACACCUCGUCUGUUAGAUCCAACGCAGAGUACACUGGCCCAAAACUGUACAAGGAACCAAGUGCCAAAUCCAACAAGCAUAUAAUCCAGAAUGCCCUGACCCACUGCUGCCUGGCCGGCAAGGUCAACGAAGGGCAGAAGAACAAGGUUCUGGAGGAAAUGGAGAAAUCUGAGGCCAACAACUUUCUGGUGUUGUUCCGGGACGGGGGUUGCCAAUUCCGUUCUCUGUACACCUACUGCCCGGAGACGGACGAGGCUGCCAAGCUGAUGGGCAUCGGGCCCAAGAGCAUCACACGGAAAAUGAUUGAGAACCUUUACAAGUACAACUCGGACAAGAAGCAGUUCAGCCAGAUCCCCGCCAAGACCAUGUCGGCCAGCGUCGACGCCAUCACGAUCCAUGGACACCUGUGGCAGACCAAGAAACCUGCCACCCCCAAGAAAGUGGUACCUGCCAAGUCGUAAUGGGUCUUGCAUAAACUCCCCUGCAAUUUCCCUUGAAAUGGAACAAUACGCAUUCAAUUUGCACUUCACUGUAUAUAUUCAUGAGGACACAGUAUCUGCAACGCCAGGCAGAUAAAAGCAUAAUUCUGUUUUCUCAUCUCUUUCAUUCCCAUUUGUUUUCCUUAAAUAUUCCAAACUGGACAUGGGGACUUAGAGAUGUGCACAACUGGAAUGUAAAAACAGUUACUUAAUUAAGAGUGCAAAUGGAUGUCACCGAUGUUUAGUAUGAGAGAUUGUCUGAUUCUAGUCAUUUUACCACAGCAUGUGUGCGUAUGUGGUUUUUGUAUGUGCAAAAAGAGAAAGAAAACAAAGAGACUGUAUGAAUGCCGUGUUAUGUUUUAUUGGGUACACUAAAGCACUGAAUGUUACUCCUCUGUGUAGACGGGAACUUUGUUAACGUGUGGCCUUACGCUUGUUUUGUUUCUGUUUGUCAGUGCAAGGAGCCGAUUGUAAAGCAGUACCUUUUUGACACUUUUUGCAGGCUUAGUUAAUAAGCUCAGAAAGCUUCCCAUGUUUUUGUUUAGAAUGCAAUUACCUGAUGUGUCAGCUUAAGCUGUAUGUGGCAGAGAGGGCUAAAAGCUCAAAACCCCUUUCAUACAGCUUGAGUUAUUCACUCUAAGUCUAUCAACCCAAGGUCGUGUUCCGCGAUUAUCCCUUUUUUUAAGCCACCUCGCAGUCUUUUUUAAACAUCCUUUUUCAGGCAUUUUUGUGCAUUGUUUGAAAGGAAUUUGGUGAAAGAUGGAUGAGAGAGUUUGCUGAAAGAGCGGUGGGCCGGACUCGAACCCAAAUCACCGCAGUUUGAGUGCAUUGGAGGCAGAGGCUUAGACCGCUGGACUCACGUAGCCCACCCCUUGCUUUCUUUUUAUUGACAUUUUUAAAAUCAUCCCUGUCUAAUUAAUUACUGUGUAAGACAUAUUAUUUAUUAUUUACUGCCAUGGACUUCCUUUGGCCUUUAAAAUGCUCUGUUUUAAUGUUACGCAUGCACAUUAGGAAUAAGUAGAUUUGUCAUCGGCUACACAAAUGAGCAGCCACCACCAUACACGACUGAACAGUCAUAGGCCUGUUAUAAUCCCGUCAAUCAUUGACCAAUAGCAACUUCCCACCCAAACAGCUGAAACAUUUAGUUUUUUCCAGUUUUUCUAACAGGUUGGUCAAACUAAGCAAUGUGAUUGGUUAAAACACGCUGUAAGCCGUGGUAGAAAAGACAGUUUACCACAUCUAGGCCUAAGAUUUGUUUUAUUGUUUCCCGAGAGACCAUUGUUCUCUGAGCUUAGCCGCGGCAGUGUAUGGACUCGAUCUCCACCGUGAAAGAAGCGUCUAGGCGUUAUUUUCCAUUACUCCCGUCCUACCAAUUGAUUUUUCAGCAAUAGAUAUUUGUACCUGUGGACUUGCUCUGCUGACAGCAGUGCAGCUUUGGGGGAAAUAUGUUGUUUAGCCUCUGUCGUACAGUUGCUUCAUUUCACACCCUUUUUGCUUGAAGUAGUUGUUUGAACGUGGAACCCUCCGACAACCACCCCCUCAUUAUGCCCAAAGUGUCAGUCGAGUUUUACAACUGAGGGAAUAAGCUAAUAAUUUAGAGACAUACGUUAUUUUAAAGGACUGAUUAAGCCCUAUAUAUUUUGGACAAUGAAAAUGGACAAGAUCCCUGUUUAUGUACAUCAUUACUGUUGACAUGCCAUUACAUUUAUUAUACCAUUAUCAUUCAUUACAGUUGAUUUCAUUGCUGUUCCUAAAAAUGUUUUUAAUGUCACAAUACUCGUCAUACACAGGCGACCAAUAACAUUAGAAUACUCUUUGACUGUAAGAUUAAGAUACAGCUUCAGUGUAUUUUUUUGCCCACUUUUCAAGGCAUAGAGAAUUCCGGAUAGGUCAUUUUAAUUUCUUAAUUAUUAUGUCAAUUGUGGUUUAGUGCUACUUUUACUACUGCUUCUUCAAGAAACAAAGUAAUUUGGUAAGAUACUGCUAAUGACUUUGAUAGGUACUUUUAUAUACAGUAGAUCCGUACUGCACACAGGAGACCAGAAUGAUGGUCUGUAAGGUAAAAUUGUUUUAUUUAUUUUUAUGCUGAUUUUGUUCUAGUUGCUGACUGAAAGCAGAAUGUGACAUUCGCAUGUCACAAUAUACGGGUAGAGGUUUAAAACUGUCUCCUGCCAGCAUCGAAAUGGUCCUUUUUCUCUUAUUUAGGUGGAUUUAUUUAGGUUGGCUACAAAGAUAUUUGUGGGUUGUACAUCACGUACAAACACUCCAAACACGUGCGCACGCACACACAAAACAUACAAACAAAUUGGUGCUCGUUUUUUUUUCGAUGGGAGUAUAUUUACAGUGGAUAUAAAGUCCACACACCCC